GCGCAAUCUAGAGUCAGUUUUUGUCUUAUGUUGCGCAUAUGAACAAAACUAUCAUUGUCGCUUGACAAGAUUAGAGAUGAGUGCAUCGAGUUCCAGGCUGUUGUGUUGAUGUCAAAUGUCAUUUUAACAACCUCAGGGAAAAGGUAAUACAGUACAACCUCAAGGUGAAAUUCCGGAGGACACCGUGAGUCGUAGCAUGAAGUGGAAUGUGACACGCGCUUCUUUUUUGUAAAAAAAAAAAAAAAAUGCAGAAGAAGCAUGUUAAUUUUACCAGUAAGCUUCAGCACAGCUAAAAUUGUCUGCAGCAAUAAUUUGUCGCAAUAAAUAUUGUAAUCAGCAGGGAACUGUAGACUUGGGCCAAAGUGUUUGUUCUGCUUAGAAUCUAUUUGAAAGGCCUGAAGGUGGAUGUAUUUUGCACAUUAUAACGCAUGUGUAGCUGCUAGGAUGCACUUUAUUGACCUACCUUUAUUAAUAUCUGCAAUAUUCUUCAAAUAAAACGCAAUAUAUGCAUAUAUAUAUUAUCAAUAUCUAUCAAGAGGAAAACUAAAAUUAGGAGUGUAAAAAUAACUUUUUGAGUCCCCGUAUUGUAAUAGAAAGAUAUAAUCAGUGACAUGACUGCUGUUCACAUCCUGCUCCUUUUCCUCUCCUUCACAUUUUUGGACAACCGGUGCGAUGGGGCGUGCGCAGAGCCCGAGUCGGACACCGAGGCGGUGGUGGGCCAAGGCUUCAAGCUGGGCUGCCUCUCCUGCAAGAGGAGGAGCGAGGUCAAAGCUUCCGCCACUGUUGAAUGGUACUUCAAGGCCAAAGGAGAGGUCGACUUUGUGCAGAUCUACACCUACGGCGAGCUGGGCCCCACCAUUGAAAACGAGCACUUCAUGGACCGUCUGGACUGGAACGGGAGCAAGAGGAGCAACGACAUCCAAGACGCGUCCAUUUAUAUUCUCAACGUCACCUUAAAUGACACGGGCAUAUACCGCUGCUUCUUCAACCGCAUCCUCAGCUAUGACAACUACGAGUACACCACUGUUGUCAGCAAAGUGGUCUACCUCACGGUGGUCGAAAAAGCCACCAGAGGAACAGCUUCCAUCGUGUCCGAAGUUAUGAUGUACGUGUCCAUCAUCGGCUUGCAGGUGUGGCUCCUCAUCGAGAUGAUAUACUGCUACAGGAAAAUAGCAGCGGCCGGGGAGGAAGCGCUAAGAGAAGCUGCGAAUGCUGAAUAUUUAGCAAUUGCCUCCGAAAGUAAAGACAACUGUGCUGGGCAGGUUGGAGAAUAGCCAAGGAUUCCAUUUUGGACGUAAAACAUCCCUCCUAUACGUCCCGUUAACUGCUUUAAAAUAACUUGCGGAGGAGACAAGACUCCCAUCUACUGUACAGCUCAAGUAUUUUGUUCUUUUUCUUUUCUUGAUAAAGAACUCGAGUACGAAUCUCAGCGAGAGCAUUGGUGCCAGCAGUGUAAAGAUAGUUUGCAACGCACAGAAGCAAAGCUGGACAUGUAUGGAAAAAACAAACC